CCACACACAACCAGUUUUAGCCCGGAGGAGUUCGGAUUGCGACGGACUGAGUCUUGGACGUGUUUGCCCGCGAUAUUUGGGCCUGUCUUGUCUGUCUGUGCAGAAGAGAAACCCCGGAACUUUGCUUCCAGGAAAGGUGUUUGAAAUAGGACCCUGCAGGGAGUGCUCUAGCUGACGGCGAACGGGCGGGAUUCCGGAAGACGGCGACGAAGACGCACAUAAAAAUACAUCUCGUUCGAGUGAGGCGAACAACUCGGGAAGAAUGCGCAAAGAAGCAAAAGGGAGAGCAGAGCAAAGUAGAUUCGAGAAAGAAGCAAGAUGAAUGAAAAUAGUUUAAGCUAAAUAAGGAAGAAUUUCGUGUGUUUGAAGAAAGCGGUGAAAAAGUAUCGUGUGUGCGUCUUAAUUGUUACUUUCUGGGUGUUUUAAUUAGUAAUAUUGUAGUCCUGUUUUUGCGUUGGAGUUGGUGAAGUGUGCACAAUCUUUCAAAUCAGAUUUGCCUAGAAGAAAAUAGAGGAAGAAAAAGUGCAACAAACGGGUGAGCUCAGGUUUCUUUUUCUGGAUAUUUUUGUCCGACGUGCUUACGCUGCAUUAUAUUUAGCUGUAUUGUGUACGCAGUGGAAGUUGGAAAGUGAAGAAAAAUAAGGCAAAAUCCAGUCCUCCCGAAUGGUUCGUGUUUGAGCUCCGUCCCGAGUGUAGAAAAAGAGGCAGAAGGGCGACAGAUUGAGUGGAAACAGAAGAAGUAAUAACAUCAGCAACAACAGCGGUACCUCUCCGAGUGGCAGCUAAAAAUAAGGAAUGUAAAUUUGGAGCAGCCUGUUGGGUGAGCGAGCUGCAAUAGGGAUUUCUUGGCUCUGUUGGCAAAUUAUGAUUGUGCGAAUGGAAGAAGUGUUCACGUGAAGUAAACGCAAGGCUGACAAUCACACACAGUGUAUUUAUUUUGGGCAGCCUAGUGUGUGACGGACAGUGUUUACUCUGGACCAGUCAACGGAGGCGACAUGUUGGCACCGGGAAUACGGGUCGUUCGGGGGCCCAACUGGAUUUGGCAGAAUCAAGAUGACGGUGAAGGCCACGUGGGAACGCUGUGCGAAAUAGGACGUUCCGGAUCGACCCACUCGCCGGAGAAGACAGUGGUAGUGAAUUGGGAUUCCGGUCAUCGGACGAACUAUCGGGUCGGUUAUCAGAAGCAGUACGAUCUAAUUGUGGUGGAUAAUGCGCAGAUUGGCGUGAAACAUCCGAACAUCAUCUGUGACGGGUGUAACAAGCCGGGCAUCGCCGGUAUUCGGUUUCGUUGUGCAGACUGUUCCAACUACGACCUAUGUGCCACAUGCUACGGAAACGACGUACAUGAUUUGGAGCACUCGUUUAUCCGGUACCAGACGGCGAAUUCAGUUGGAGUUCGUGUUCCGCCACGCAAGGGUGCACUCAAGGUACAGCUGAAGGGAAUCUUCGUCGGGGCACGCGUUGUCCGCGGGCCAGACUGGGAAUGGAAUAACCAGGACGGUGGACCGAACAAAACCGGGCGUGUUAUGGAAAUUCGUGGAUGGGAUAACGAAUCUUGUCGAAGCGUAGCGAACGUAUCUUGGGCGUCCGGAUCUACGAACGUGUAUCGGCUAGGGCACAAGGGCAACGUGGAUCUACGGUUCGUGCAGCCAGCCGUGGGAGGAUACUAUUACAAAGAUCACAUGCCGGUGUUAGGUCAACCGGAGGAGCAGCAACCGGUUUCGCCACCGGUGCGCUCGCACUUCAACGUCGGAGACCGGGUCCAGGUGGCCAUCCCGGAGGAAAGGCUCAUGUCGCUGCAGCAGGGCCACGGAGGCUGGAAUCCGCGGAUGGCCGAGUAUCUGUCGAAGAUAGGCAUUGUACAUAGGAUCACGGACAAGGGUGAUAUUCGGGUUCAGUAUGAGGGCUGUGCCAACCGGUGGACGUUUCAUCCGGCGGCCCUCAUUAAGAUCUAUAGUUUUAAUGUAGGCGACAUUGUGACGUUCAUCACGGAUGCGGUCAAAAUGCAACAGCUGCAGAAGGGUCACGGCGAGUGGGUUGAAACCAUGCACAACGUGCUGGGGAAGUCGGGAAAGGUGAUCAAAAUCUACGGGGACGGUGAUCUGCGGGUGCAACAGUUGGACGACGAUUUGGCCUGGACGGUUAACCCAAAGUGUGUCAAACUGGAGCGCUCGUUGAUAUCGCAGGCGACGGCAACCGAACGGUCGAACAGCAUGAUGGAUUUGAGCAAUCAACGCACGAACGAGCACCACAUAACGCCCCUGUCGGGGCUGUCGGGCACGUCCGCCGCUGAUAGGCUUGUCCGAGAGGCCGCCCAAGGCAAUAUGGAUUUCGUGCAAAAUUAUCUCAGUGCCAAUCCGGAGGAGGUAGACUGCGUCAGCGGUGGCAAAACCUGCCUACAGGUAGCGGCCCACCAGGGCCACGUGGAUCUGGUUCAGCAUCUGCUGGCGCUCGGUGCCAACGUGAACGUCGUGGACAAGGAAGGCGACUCGACGCUUCACUAUGCCGCCUUUGGGAAUCAGCCGGAAAUCAUGCGCAUUCUGUUGCAGCACAGUGCCAAUAUCGAUGUUCUGAAUUCGUCGCACUGUUCGGCGUUGCACAUUUCGGCACACAAGAAACCGCCGCACUGUGUUAAGGUAUUGCUAGAAUUUGGGGCGAAUGUUAAUGUGCAGGAUGCCUACGGAGAUACGGCGCUGCACGAUGCGAUAGGUAAGGAGAACACUGAGGUGGUAGAGCUUUUGUGUGCUUGUUCUACGUUAGACUUAACGAUUAGGAAUAAGCGAGGGUUCAAUGCGCUACAUCAUGCUUCGCUGAAGGGUAACGUCCAUGCGGCUCGUAACAUUAUCCGAUUGGCACGGCAGUUGGUCAAUGUCAGGAAAGACGACGGAUUUUCGGCGUUGCAUCUGGCGGCAUUGAACGGCCAUUCGAAAGUGGUCGAGGUAUUGGUUAAGGAGGGACAGGCAGAUAUUAAUAUCCGGAACAACCGGCGGCAAACUCCUUUCCUGUUGGCCGUGUCUCAAGGACAUACCGCGGCUAUUGAGAAACUGGUCGAAUUGAAGUGUGACAUUGCUGCAAAGGAUGAAGAUGGCGACAAUGCGAUGCACUUGUGUAUCAUUAAAAAAGCCAAUCUAGUGCAGGAUGUGACAGCGACGGAUUCACCGAAGAUUUUCGAAAUGUUUCAAUCAUUGGCACCGAUUGUCAGUGAAAAUCGUUUGAUGUAUGCGUUGUUAUGCUUCCUGGCGAAAGAAGGAUGUCCAUUGGAUGUGAACUACAAGGGCGCAAGAGUUUUAGAUUGGAUACCUAGUCAACCGGUAAAAGAUAUUAUACUUGGAUACGAAAGAGCUCGAAUUUCUCGAGAGAAAGCUGCUGCAGCCGGCCCGCCUGCUACUGAUCGGUCAUUGAACAACUCCCGAGAAGAAGACGAUGAUCAGCCGAUCAUUCAAGUGCAGUCGAACUUAGAGGUAAUGAGUCUGGCUGCAAACAAUCUGGAUGAAAGUGAAGGUAACGCUUUGCAGGACGGAGUUGCAAGCCCAGGGACCAGUGGAUUAGGCCAAUCCAAUCCUCCAACUCCUGCCCGCAGAAAUCGAGGACACAAUCGAGAGGCUGCCGGAGUUACUCCGCCGCCCAUUCCAAGCCAUCAUCCGAAUGUCAUUCAGGAGGAUGAAUCCAAGCGAAUGAAUAUCGAACCAUUAGCCCCAAGUGAAGCAUCUGGUCCCAGCAGUAUAACUCCCAUAGAUAGUCCCGCACGUUUCCAAUCACCAAAUCGAGCCUUAUCGCCAACCAUGGCAGGCACCCCGGAACCCAGCGGCGGCAGCGGCAGCAGUUCUUCCAAGCAUAUCAGCCGACGACAGUACUCGGACAAAAAUCCAACCGCUUCCCCAGUAGGAGUUCUUUCCACAAGUCCGCCAGUUAUUACCAAUAUCCCUCAGGAAUGUAUCGUCUGCAACGAACAAUUGCUGCUGAUCAUCUUCGAUCCGUGUCAACAUCAAAUCUCUUGCGAAGAAUGUGGUAUCCGGAUGAAGAAAUGUCUGUCGUGUGGUGUGUACAUAGAGAGGCGUGUUACCGUGACCGGAAAGCAGUUGUUCAAUCCCAAAGACAAUCGCCAGCCAUCGGCCGAUCGACUACGCUACCUCGAGAGCAAAAUCAUGGAAAUCGAAGAAACCCAUUGCUGUAGCAUCUGCAUGGAACGGCGCCGCAAUGUGGCCUUCCUGUGUGGCCACGGAGCCUGUUCUAAGUGUGCCGAAACGCUCAAGAUUUGUCAUAUGUGCCGCAAAACGAUCACUAAAAAAAUCAAUCUCUACUAAAGGUGUUUUACUGUCAUCCUGCACCCGCGGCCAUUUCCCCUAGGCUAAGGCCGUGAAGUUACCAAAAAUCGUGAAAUUCUUUUAUUACAGAAACUAUCUUAUCUUCCUCCCGUAUUUUGAAAAUUUGUGCUUCUGUGAAAGCCAUUCAGCUGCUGACAAAGUCGACCAAUAAGCAUCUACGCUUUGGUCGAUUUUUUCUUGUUCUUGCACUAUUUAACGUGAUGUGACAUUUGUCUACAGAGUUGUAAAAAACUCUUUUUCGCUAAAAUUAGAUAGAAAUUUCUUAACGGAAAUGUUUCCUUUCUCGCUACCAAAAAGUUAAAUGAAUCACCACUAAAUCUAAGUGUAAAUAAGCUAAUUCUUAACAGCAAGUAUGUGUAUUUAUAUGUGCAUGUUCAUCGAAAAGCUCUGACCAUGGAUACAGAAAACAAAAAAAAAACGUUAAGCCAACGUGAAACUGUGGAAAGCUCAUUUUAGUGAAAAUAAACGAAUUAUUAUACCCACAUUACCUUUUAUUACUCAUCGAUUUCGUCGCGCCAUUGACUGACUUGUAAUACAAGCUUGAGUGCAUACGUAGCAGCAUUAGGACGGUUUGCCACCAUUUUUGCCGAGUUUCUGACUGGAUUCGACCAAAAAAUCUCAAAUUACGAGGUUUGACACUUCCUUGUUAAAACAAAUUACCUAUUACCUAAUGUAGCAACCGGGGGCUACUUCAUGAAUGUUUUCACUUAUUUUAUGUUUAUUGUUCUAUUAACUAAAGAAUCUACUAUCUACUAAAGAAAACGGAUCUUUAAAAAUUUGCCCUUGUACAAAAAAGCUCUUGUUACUUUUAAGUGUUUAAUCGAAUUUCCAGGACUCCCAAACCAUCUGUUCAAUUCAAUCGAUACACCAGAACAAGAUGUACCUAUUUUUGUAUAAACAUAAUUUCUAGUAGCUCCAGGCCUAAUCUAUGAAGUUCAUGAAUAAUCUAGCUUCGUCCAAGUCAUUUCACGCAGCUUCGCUGAUACCUCAACUAGUUUCUUCAGGAAGCGAGAGACGAACCAGCCAAGGGCUAAAAGUCUCUUGAAUGAAGACAAAUCAAUCAAUCAAUUUCUCCAGGAAAUUAGCUUGAUUCUUCCAUUGUUUUCUUCUCCAAGUCAAUUCAAAAGGUCCAACAAUUAUUUCAAUGAAUGUUUGAAAAGUUUUUUUUAACAAAUUGUUUCAAGAGUUUUUGUGAGAAUCAUCUUUUUUUUUUAUUUCCACAGAAGUGAUUCAUCAAUAAAUUGAUUGAUUGAUUUGUCUUUAUUUAAGAGACUUUCAGUCAUCAAUAAAGGCAAAAACACCUGAUGCAGUAGUUUUUUAGUUCUAACAUUACCUUUGACGAAAAUUUUCAAUUUUCUACAUUCAACAUAACGAAAUGUUUCCUGCUAUGAAAACGAAUUCAGGUGUGUGAAAAUUUGUUUCCCUGAUCAUUUUGUUGCACAAAAAAAAAGUCAAUCAUCGUAUUCUUUCUGAAACUGAUGUGUACAUUUAUUCAUCUUAUUCUUUUUCAUGGCUCUACGUUCCUACUGGCACUUUGUCUGUCCGCUUCAACUUAGUGUUCUUUUGAGCACUUCCACAGUUAUUAAUUGAAGGGUUUUAUUUGCCUGCCAAUCCAUGAAUUUGUUCAUUGGAUGACAAGCACAAUACUACAGAGAUUCAUUAUGCCCCGGGAAUCGAACCUGCCGUCUCUGGAUUGAUGAUCGAAUGCCUUAUCCGCCAGGCUAACUGGGGACCUCUUGCUCAAGUGCUCCGAAAAAAAUUUCUAGGACAUUUUCUUGAGAAACAUUGUUGAUACAUAUAUUAUAAAUUUUGACAAAAAGUUUAUUUUUGGUCAUGAAAGGAUAUAGUAAUGAAGGGCUUCAACACAUUUAAACAUAGAUUUUCGUUGUUACAUAUUCUUAAACAGGAUAAAAACAUUUUUUGGUCGAAACCAAUCGGAAUGAAAAGUAAUUGACUGCUGGUAAAAAAGUACGAAACCUGAUAUUCACCAAAACGAAUACACAUUACACACGAAUAAUCAACAAAUACAUUCACAUCUAAUUGUACUUUGCACAGUGUUCUUAGACUUUUGGUUUGUCGCAUAAUUCAAUUAUGUUAGGUGACUCCAUCCGAAAUAGUGUUUGUCUCUGAUUUACACACAACAACAGUUUUUGGCUUGCAUACAAACGAAAGAAGCAGUUUUUAUAGACAUAUUGACUAGCCCAAAUGAGCGAAACGAACAACAUAGUUUAACGGGACAAAUUUUAAUAUAUAUUAUUAUACUGUAUAUCAAAAACAAAUAAGAGAAAAUGUGGAGCUCCCCCCAUACCUGUAUUCGAUUGUUAUUAAUGAUGAAUGAUAAUGUGAAAAUGAAGUUGUUUGUACGCACAUAAAACGAAGAAGCAUACACAUAUUAAUAAACUGAUAUUUAUUUCAUUGUAUCAAAAAAUAAA